ACUUGAUUGGACUUUACUAAAUCGCAGAGAGAAACCGUUGUUUUGGAGCGCUGCGAACCUAAUGUUCACUUCGCUUCGUGUACUGGGGGUUUUGGUUUUAUUCGACCAUAAAAUGCAGCGAGAUUCGACGAACACAAGUGGGGUGGUUUUUCAACAACUACAGGAUGUAAUUCGGAUACAGCAGCAAGUUAUUUUGAGUUUGAAUGAGAAAAACAAAGGUGUGGUGCCAUCUGACAAAUAUGAAAGGAUUGUUUCGGAACUAAAGGAAGAAAGACAUCAGCAUAAAAAGACAAGCGAGCGUCUGUCCCAGGAAUCGGAAAAACUAAGUUUUGCCAUUGGAGAAAUACAAAUUCUCACCCAAAAACUGGAAAGGGAGAAGGAGACAUUUGAAAAGGCGCUUCGCAGUGAGAAGACAAAAGCAGGGAAGGAGUUGGCUAAAAACAACAAGUUGAAUACAAAGUGUGCUCGUAUUAAGUCUAUUAUUCUAAAGCGUGAGGACAUUCUUAAUGAAAAAGAGAAUCAAAUCAACGAGCUGCACAGCAAGCUGGAGAAGCAGAAAAUUUCCCUGAGGGCCCGGCUGACGGACCUGGAGAUCCAGAGGCAGCAGGAGGAGUACAUGGCCCGGGUCCUGCAGAGGAGCUGAGCGGAGGGCACGCCCACCCGCAGCUCACCCCGCCAAACCGCUACGGACCGGCCACACCGUAGGCAAUGGGACCCGGCCGGAACCAAAACAGACACCGUCGCUAUAGCAACACUGCCCGCACUGGGGACAGAAGAACACAGAAGACAUUGCCCACUUAGGGACGGCAGUACUGCAGAUGUGAAGCAAUUUGGACCACUGUGGGAUAUAUUUAGGCAUACAGUAUAACAGUACUGAAGAAUCAGGGGGACAGCAGAGGUUUAAGUGUUAAUGAUUGCAUGCUGUGCAUUGUUGAUGUGCGUCCAUGCUGGUUUUUUUUUUAAGAAUAAUAAAAUGAAGUGAAAAAAUCCUGCUGUUUUAUUCAUGCAGCAGGACUCUCUUUGACAUUGAUUAAAAAAGCCGUCCAAACACUGGAACAGAGCCUUAACAGAUACUAGACCAUGGGGCCCAUCCACACACUGGAACUGAACCUUAACAGAUAUCAGACCAUAGCCGCUUUUCCACCGCAUGGUACCGGCUCAACUCGACUCAACUCGCUUUUGGUACCAGGUAAUUCGUUUCCCACUGCAGAUAAUAUCCCCGUCAAUGUGGCUGGUUGUCAUUAGCGACGCCGCAUGAAACACGUUGCUCUGACCAAUCAGUGGUCUGCAGUGUUUUCACGUCACCUUUUGGUAUCGCCUCAGCUCGCUUGGAGCUUCAAUGGAGGUGAUACCAAAAAAGUAACAGGUACCAGGUACUAUCCACAACUUUUGCCCGAUGAAAAACCAGAAGAGUCGAGUCGAGUUGAGCCGGUACCAUGUGGUGGAAAAGCGACUCUUGGGUCCGAUCCACAGAGCCUUAGCAGAUACCAGACCCUGGGGCUCAACCACACACUGAAACAGAUAUAGCAGGACAAGUUAACCAGUCCCCUUGCUGUAGGACCUUCAUACCGGGACCUUGGUGUUUAUGGCUCCUCCUCUACCUCUUUAACUUGACUGGGAAAGAUAAGUGACCCAGGAAAGUUACCAGCGCGGCCUCCAUCAGCAUGUGCCUUUCCGUGGUGAAAUGGCUUCAAAAGCGCAGGGAAGGGCCAGGUGUGUGCAGUCUGCUGUGUCCUUACAGUAAGGUUGCGAGAGGACUUAUUGUGGACUGUUUUUGAGCGCUCUUAUGCAUGGUAGGCACAGCCUUCUGGCUUUUUUUUUCUUGACGUAUGAGGGCAUAGUUUUCACGGGGCGCGGCAGCUCGGGGGCGGGUUCGAACGUGUCGCAUUGACUGCUGGAAGCGAAAUGUGGCCGCUCUCCUCCUGUAAUCCACUCAGGCCUAUCCGGGGAGCUGGGAAUUCUUUCCUUCUGAGUGUGCUGCUGCUUCAGUAACGUUGUGGGCA